CAAAGUUUUGCCAGAGUCCUUCGCGGCUGUACAUUGGUGUUGUCUCCGUCAUGAAGGAAGUGCUGUCCUUCUGGGAUGUGGCCAUUGAUUUCUCUCCAGAAGAGUGGGAAUGCCUGGAGCCUGCUCAGUGGAAUCUGUACAGGGAUGUGAUGUUGGAGAAUUACAGCAACCUUGUGUUCCUGGGUCUUGCUGUCUGUAAGCCACAUCUGGUAACAUUUCUGGAGCAAAGACAAGAGCCUAUGGGUGUGAAGAUACAAGAGGUAGCUACUGUGUAUUCAGGAAUAACACCCAAUGAUCCCAAUGACUACAGCAAGACCGAUGAUUGUAAAUCACUCCUUAUUAAACGACAAAGAAUCCGUAUAGGGGAGAAACUCUACAAGUGUGGAGAAUGUGGUAAGGCCCUGAGUUCUCAUAAAGCACUUUCCAUACACCAGAGACUUCACACUGGAGACAAACCCUACGAGUGUGAAGUGUGUCGUAAGGCCUUUAGUACUCGCUCGUCACAUUUUAUACACAUGAAAAAUCACGCUGACGAAAAACCCUACAAGUGUGAAGACUGUGGCAAAUCGUUUUACUAUCCUUCAAUGCUCAAGCAACAUCAGAGAAAUCAUUCUAGAGAGAAAACCUACAAGUGUGAAGAAUGUGAAAAGUCCUUUCGCUAUCCUUCAUUCCUCAAGCAACAUCAGAGAAUUCAUAGUAGAGAAAAUCCCUCCCAGUAUGAAGAAUGUGUCAAAAGAUUUUCCCCUCCUCUACAUCUUCAGGAACAGGAACAAAUCUAUACUGGAGAGAAACCCUACAAGUGUGGAGAAUGUUAUAAAGCCUUUCGUUGUCUCUCAGCCCUUAGGAUACACAAGACAGUUCAUACUGGAGAGAAACCUUACAAGUGUGGAGAGUGUGGCAGAUGUUUUUCCUCAUCUUCCUGCCUUAGAAGACAUCAAACCAUUCACUCUGCAGACAACCGUUACAAGUGUGAAGAAUGUGGGAGAUGGUUUUCCUCAUCUUCAUCCCUUAGAAGACAUCAAAUAUUUCACUCUGAAGACAACCCCUACAAGUGUGAAGACUGCGGCAGAUGUUUCCGAUUCUCUUCAUCUUUUACAAGACAUCAAACAUUUCAUUUUGAGGACAAUCCCUAUAAAUGUGAACAAUGUGGGAAAAGGUUUUCAUAUUAUGGAAGUCUUCAGGAACAUCAAACAAUUCAUACUGGAGAGAAGCCAUACAAGUGUGAAAAUUGUCACAAAGCCUUUCGUUAUCGCUCAUCCCUUAGGAGACAUAAGACACUUCAUACCUGAGAGAAAUGCUACAAGUGUGACAAAUCCUCAUGUCCUGUACAACACCAAGCAAUUCACUCUGAAGACAAUCCACACAAGUGUGUGGAAUGUGGCAAAGCCUUUGUUAAUGUUUAUAGCCUUAGUCGACACAUGACAGUUCAUGCUGCAGAGAAAUCCUACAGAGGUCUUAAAUUAAAAAGUUUAUACUUCUUCAGCCCCUAAAAGACAUCAACAAAUUCAUACUGAAUAAAACUCUUUGACUGUGUAGAUUGUCGUAAAAAUUGUCCCUAAGUCUUCAAACCUUACCCAACUCAAUCCAAAGGUUAGACUAUUAAGUGAAUUAGUCUGGAAUGUCAACACCAACAUGUUACAUCCAUCAG